AUGUCACUAUCUUCUCAAAUGGUCGCGAAUACACUUCUACUUUCUCUGGUCGUAGCUUAUCUUAUGACUGCUUCGGCCGGAAAUUUCUACCAAAAUAUAGACAUCACUUGGGGUGGUCAACGAGCUAAGAUACUCGAUGGAGGCCAACUGCUUACUCUGUCACUGGACAAAUUCUCAGGCUCGGGUUUUCAGUCCAAGAAUCAGUAUUUAUUCGGCAGGGUUGACACGCAACUCAAAUUUGUACCUGGAAAUUCGGCUGGCACUGUAACUACAUACUAUUUAUCUUCGCAAGGAACAGCACACGACGAAAUUGAUUUUGAGUUCUUGGGCAACUCAUCUGGACAACCCUACACAGUCCAUACAAAUAUAUUCACACAGGGUAAAGGGAACAGAGAACAACAAUUUCAUCUGUGGUUCGACCCAACAAUUGCCUUCCACGAGUACUCCAUUAUCUGGAAUCCUCGGCGCAUUAUCUUCAUGGUGGAUAACAUUCCAAUAAGAGUAUUUGAAAACAAUGAAGCUAUUGGUGUCCCGUACCCAAAACGCCAACCUAUGAGACUCUAUUCUAGCCUUUGGAAUGCCGAUGACUGGGCAACACAAGGAGGGAGAGUUAAGACCGACUGGACAAAAGCACCUUUUACGGCUGCAUAUAGAAGCUUCAAUGCCAAUGCUUGCGUUUGGCCAUCGACAUCUUGUGUUUCUACCAAACCCUUGCCCAAAAAUGGAUGGAUGUAUCAAGAGCUGGAUGUUAAUGAUCUAAAGAAGCUAAAAUGGGUGCAAAAGAACUACAUGAUCUACAAUUACUGCACAGACUUGAGACGUUUUCCUCAAGGUGUCCCUCGUGAAUGCAAGCAAUAA